AACAAAGUAACAGAAAAAUUCAAAAGACCGUUUAAAAAAAGGCAUUCCAGCGUUUAUCACCAACCGUCGAAUAGGGUGAAUAAAUAUUUGGCUCAAGCUAUCGAAGCAAGAAGCGUUGAUAGGGAAAAGUCAACGCAUGUCAACUUGUUCACACUUUGUUUCAAGGAUCGACAAAAAGAAGAUCAGUAUCACCACGACAUCGACGUGGGUUACAGUUCAACUCUAGCCUGUGCCUUGGUUCUCCUGGUACUUCUAAGUACGCUUCAGGCAGUAGUAUUGCCAAGAACCACCAUUUUGUUCAUAUUAUUUCUAGUCGCUUUCGUUUGGAUAGCAGUACUGUUGAUGCUCUUGUUGGCUGUAAGAUUACGAUGGAUACUUUGGGAUAUAUCUCAAAGUUUUGUUUUAAGACUGGCUAUUACUGUAUUUACCAUUAUUUUAGUGUAUACUGUAGCACAGGUUAAUGUGUUCACAUGCCUGCCAGACACCAAUUGCAUACCUCAUACGACUGUAAACAUCACCCUGGAUGGUAGGGACCAUAGGGCUUGCCCAUUACCGCAAUACAUCGUCCUAUCUUGUGCCCUUGGAUAUUUGGCUGUGGCUAUAUUUUUAAGACUUCCGAUUUUACUUAAGGCUUCGUUACUUGUCAUCAUGUCUACGGUUUAUAUUCUCCACAUUGAACUGUCUCAUAUUGAGUUGUUCUUUUGCUAUGAUAUUAGAGUAAGCUCUAUCAUCCCACUGCACGUGAUAAGUGUCGUUGAAGUAUUAAUGUUCGUGUUAGCUGUUCUCCUUCAUGGCAGACAAGUAGAAUGGACUGCAAGACUCGACUUUCUCUGGCAGAUCCAAGCCAAUGAAGAGAAGAGAGAAAUGGACGCCCUCCAACACUCCAAUAAAAGAAUUCUCUUUAACUUGCUCCCUGCUCAUGUAGCUACUCAUUUUUUGGAUAACCAAUUUAGAAAUAAUAUGGAACUUUAUCAUCAAAGCUACUCCCGCGUAGGCGUGGUAUUCGCUUCAAUAACAAAUUACCAUGAAUUUUAUACCGAACUAGACGGUAAUAACCAAGGUGUGGAAUGUCUGAGACUACUUAAUGAAAUCAUAGCUGACUUCGAUGAUCUGCUUUCUGAAGAAAGAUUUAAAGCUAUCGAUAAAAUCAAAACUGUGGGAUCUACAUACAUGGCGGCAGUUGGACUCAUGCCCGAUCUAAGGAUAUUGGACGAUGACGAAACUACUGCAGGUACUCAUCUAAGUACCUUGGUAGAGUUCGUUUUUGCCAUGAGGGAUAGACUGUUAAAUAUUAAUGAAAAUUCCUACAAUAACUUUAUGUUAAGGGUUGGUAUUAACAUUGGACCUGUAGUGGCUGGAGUGAUAGGUGCCAGAAAACCGCAAUAUGAUAUCUGGGGCAAUACAGUCAACGUUGCAAGUCGAAUGGAUUCCACAGGUUUACCUAAUCAUACUCAAGUCACCGAAGAAGUAUUUCAUGUAUUGAGAUCUUAUCCCUACGAGUUCCAGUGCCGUGGGAAAGUAAAAGUGAAAGGAAAAGGUGACAUGACAACGUAUUUCCUAAUAGACAGAAAGCAACCUGGUACUCUAAGAGUUGAAGAACUAAAUAAUAUAAGGACAACCUCGAAUAAUGCGAACAACAUCAACAACAUGUACGGUGGUGUAGCUACACCUCUCGCCCUUCUUCACCACGGUGAUUUAAAUAAUGGUCGCCCCAAACACAACCCGCUUCAGUCCCGCCAAUCAUCUAGAGAAGAUUCGUAUACUGCAUCCAGAAACGCCAUGAGGUUACCUCCUCUUAGGGAAAGUGUAUCGCACCAUGUCAAUGGUUGUGAGAACGAGCCACUACUACCCAAUUUCAGAAAUGGAAAGAAGAAAGGAAUAGCAGCAGAGGAAAGUUUACCUCCUCCUCCUUUACCCCCACAUAAAAAUAAUAUACAUAGACAAGCAACGCCUGAGAUGAGAUAUAAUCCUCCAUGGCCAAUACCAGUAGAUAAUAGUAAACCGUAUUUAAAACCGCUACCAAAACCUCCUGGAAAAGAAUCACCCAACAGACAUACUAGGAAACAUAACAUCGCCCCCAUACCACCUCCCCAUCAACAACAGUCUCAUAUGCAUCAGCGUACCCCUGAACAUACACCUGAACUACUUCGAAAUAAAAUCCAAACCCGUCACAAUCCUUUAGCUCAGUCCCGGCACAGCCCUCAUCAUCACCGGCACUCCCCUCUUCAGCGUCAUUAUUCAGAUGAGAGUAUAGGUGGUGUAUACAAUCCUGGAAUACCUCAGAGAAUUCAUUCUUCCGCCGACGAGAUAAGCUCAUUGAAUCAUUCACCUAGUAUUAGUAGUUCUGAUGAAAGCUACAGUAGGACUACUGACGCCGAUGCUAGUCCCUGCGUAUCUCCACCAUUGCCUGCUGAUGCGCAGCAAUUUUUGUUUCCUUCAGACAUUCAGGUCAAUCCUUUAUCUUCGCCUGAAGUUUCGCCAAGAGCUUCUUUGGACUACAUACCUCCUAAUUGUUCUCUUAGGAACACGUCUGAUUCUAAAAGAAAUAAUCUUGCUCCAGCUGCUUUGCUAGCGCUAGCAGGUACUUGUAAUACUGUAGAUUCUUCCAUAAUUACCAGUCCCCCAGUGUUGGAUGGUGAAGACAGUUGUCGAGGAGAAAGCUGUGCUAGCUUUGAGUUUGUCACCAAACCAACACCUUUACUAAGAAGUAUUAGUAGUAACGGUUCCAGGGGUGCAGCGAGUUCUAAGAAAAUUCUUAAUUUGGAUAAGCACAGGACUCGAACUGACAGCGACUCUAUUUUAGAAUGUAACAAAUUAACUUCCUCAUGUAAGAGAUCCCCUAGUUUUAAAGAAGCUGAUGAAAUUCGACAGUUGUUAAGAGAAGAAGACAACAAAACAACAGUUAGUACCGACAAAAGUUGCAAGAAAGAUGGUAGCUGCCAGACCGACAAGAAAGAUUUAAGGAAGUUAAGAAGCCCUGUUGGUUUUAGGGAAAAGACAAGCCCAAUAAAUAAAAUAACUAACAUACCAUUUGAAAGAGAAAUCCAAAAGUUGUUGGAUGAGCAGAAUUUGUUGCAGAACAUACCGCCAAAAUUGGAAUUAAAGGAGCUGGCUCUGGAACCUCUAGUUAGGUACGCUCCAAACAACAACAACCAUCAAGUUGGUCUAGCUGCUAUUCAAGCAUUAGCGCUGGGUUUACGAGGAGCUAAUAAUGGCGCCAACAACAUCUCGACAUUGAAUAACAUGUCGACUCUGAACAACAUGUCACCAUCGCCAAGAGCAAGCAGCAAGGAAGGGUCGCUUAAGAGAGGUGCCUCGCCCGGAACCCCGGGGCAGGAUGCCGUUAAGUUGGCCAAGGUGUCGCCUCUUGACAGGUAUUAG